AUGAAAAAUUUACGUACUGUUGUAUUUCCUCGCAUUCCAUUAAUUCGAAUUGAAGGGCCAAUAAUUAAAACACAAUUGCUCGAAACAACAUUAUUAACACUUGUCAACUUUGCAAGUUUAGUUGCAACGAAUGCCGCACGAUUUCGUUCAGCAAUUGGAAAUCAAAAAUCGUUAUUGGAAUUUGGUUUACGUCGUGCUCAAGGACCUGAUGGUGGUUUAAGUGCAUCAAAAUAUUGUUAUUUAGGUGGAUUUGAUGGUACAUCAAAUGUAUUAGCUGGUAAACUUCAUGGUAUUCCUGUAAAAGGUACACAUGCUCAUGCCUAUGUUAGUUCAUAUGAAUCAAUGAAUGAUUUAAACGAACGAGAAUUAUGCGAUCGUCUAAGUGGUGAGCGUCGUCCAUUUGCUGAUUUAUGUGAAAAAUAUUUAAAAGAACUUGGUCCAAUGCUUAAAAUUCUUCCUGAACAAACGAAUAAAGGAGAAUUAGCCGCAUUUACUUCAUAUGCAAUAGCAUUUCCAACAAAUUUUCUAGCAUUAGUCGACACAUAUGAUGUACUUAAAUCUGGUUUACCAAACUUUUUAGCUGUAGCACGUGCACUACACGAGUGUAACUAUGAAGCUGUGGGCUUACGUUUAGACUCCGGUGAUUUAGCUUAUUUAUCAUUAGAAGUUCGUGCAAAAUUUCAAGAAGUAGCGAAAAAAUUUGCGAUCAGCUAUUUUAAAGAUUUUAAUAUUGUUGCAAGUAAUGAUAUUAAUGAAGAAACAUUAGUAUCACUAGACAAACAAGGACAUUCUAUUGAUACGUUUGGCAUUGGUACACAUUUAGUUACAUGUCAAAAGCAACCAGCACUUGGCUGUGUUUAUAAAUUAGUUGAACUUGCUGGUUUACCACGUAUAAAAGUGAGUCAAGAUAUUGAAAAAGUAACAAUACCAGGCCGAAAGAAUCUUUAUCGAAUAUAUGGUCAUGAUGGAAAAGCUUUAUGUGAUUUAUUAACCAAAUCUGAUGAACCACCACCAGAAGCAUCAGUAAAACUUCUUAGCCGACAUCCAUUUUCUGAUCAAAGACGUGCUUAUGUUACACCAACAUCAGUUCGAAAUUUAUAUAAAUUAUAUUGGGCUGAUGGAGAAAUUAAAGAAAAAUUACCAACAUUACAUGAGAUUCGAGAAUAUGCAAAAGAUCAAAUAAAUCAAUUACGAAAAGAUCAUAUACGUGAUCUCAAUCCAACGCCAUAUAAAGUUUCUGUUACAGACACUCUAUUUCAUUUUAUGCAUGACAUAUGGAUGAAAAGCAUACCUAUUGGAGAACUUGAAUAG